CCUGCCACGCAGCACAGCCAGGCAGGAUCCGCCUCGGGCCAGGCCUACGGGCAGCACGGCUACAGCGAGCCCGCCAAGCCCAAAAAGGGCCAGCAGCUGUGGAACCGCAUGAAGCCGGCUCCUGGGACUGGCGGGCUCAAGUUCAACAUUCAGAAACGGCCUUUCGCUGUCACAAGCCAGAGCUUCAGCUCCACCACGGAGGGCCAGCACGGCAGCUUCGGUCCCCAGCCCAACCCCGAGAAGGCCCAGAACCACAGGGGGAACCUGUCCGGGAAGCCCGACGACUGGCCGCAGGACAUGAAGGAGUACGUGGAGCGCUGCUUCACCGCCUGCGAGUCGGAGGAGGACAAGGACCGGACGGAGAAGCUGCUCAAGGAGGUGCUGCAGGCGAGGCUCCAGGACGGCUCGGCCUACACCAUCGACUGGAGCCGGGAACCCCUGCCGGGGCUGACUCGGGAGCCUGUGGCUGAGAGCCCCAAGAAGAAGCGGUGGGAGGCCCCUAGCAGCCUCCACCCUCCCCGGGGGGCAGGCUCAGCGACCAGGGGCGGGGGUGCCCAGUCCCAGCGAGGGACGCCCGGGGCUGGGGGUGCUGGCCGAGCCCGGGGCGGCAGCUUCGCCAAGUUCGGCAACCGCAAUGUCUUCAUGAAGGACCACAGCUCCUCCUCCAGCACGGACUCGCGCUCCCGCUCCUCCUCGCGGUCCCCGAGCCGCCACUUCCGCCGCAGUGACUCGCACUCGGAUUCCGACAGUUCCUACUCAGGGAAUGAGUGUCACCCUGUGGGUCGCAGGAACCCACCCCCCAAGGGCCGGGGAGGCCGGGGGGCCCACAUGGACCGGGGCCGAGGCAGGGCGCAGCGUGGGAAGAGGCACGACCUGGCCCCCAGCAAGCGCAGCCGCAAGAAGAUGGCGGCCCUGGAGUGUGAGGAUCCCGAGCGCGAGCUGAAGAAGCAGAAGCGGGCGGCGCGCUUCCAGCACGGGCAUUCCCGCCGCCUGCGCCUGGAGCCCCUGGUGCUGCAGAUGGGCAGCCUGGAGAGCGGCGGGGCUGACCCUGACUGGCACGAGCUGCAGAUUGUGGGCACCUGCCCUGACAUCACCAAGCACUACUUGCGUCUCACCUGCGCCCCCGACCCAUCCACCGUGCGCCCCGUGGCGGUUUUGAAGAAGUCGCUGUGCAUGGUCAAGUCCCACUGGAAGGAGCAGCAGGACUACGCCUUUGCCUGUGAGCAGCUCAAGUCCAUCCGGCAGGACCUAACGGUGCAAGGUGUGCGCACCGAGUUCACGGUGGAAGUGUACGAGACCCACGCCCGCAUCGCCUUGGAGAAGGGUGACCACGAAGAGUUCAACCAGUGCCAGACGCAGCUCAAGUCACUGUACGCCGAGAACCUGCCGGGCAACGUGGGCGAGUUCACUGCCUACCGGAUCCUCUACUACAUCUUCACCAAGAACUCAGGAGACAUCACCACGGAGCUGGCGUACCUGACGCGGGAGCUGAAGGCGGACCCUUGUGUGGCGCACGCCUUGGCGCUCAGGGCAGCCUGGGCCCUGGGCAACUACCACCGCUUCUUCCGGCUCUACUCGCACGCGCCCUGUAUGUCUGGCUACCUCGUGGACAAGUUUGCGGAUCGGGAGCGCAAGGCCGCCCUCAAGGCAAUGAUCAAAACCUUCCGCCCUGCGCUGCCAGUCUCCUACCUGCAGGCCGAGCUGGCCUUCGAGGGCGAGGCCGCCUGCCGGGCCUUCCUGGAGCCGCUGGGCCUGGCCUACACGGGCCCGGACAACUCCAGCGUCGACUGCCGCCUCAGCCUGGCGCAGCUGCCGGCCUUCUGAGCACCGCGCCGCCGGGGGCGGGGGGCAGGGCUGCAGCCCCCCAGCGCCGCCUCGGCGGGUUUUGUUUUUGAGCCGUGGACUUGGGUUGUAAAUUAAUUUGCGGGGAGUGGCCUCCAGGAAGAGCCACCAGCCCGGCCCCCAUUUUCCCACCGGGGAGUCUGUACAGAGAUUUUUCUACAUUUUUAUUUUUUGCCUCCGAGGGAUGGGAUUGGGGGCGGCGGGGGGGACAGCGGAGGGUUGGGGGCAUGGUCUGUAGGGUCGUCUGUGUCCACCUUGCACCUCCACUAAUGCUGUCUCAGUGUUUUUUCUCUCUCUCUCUCGAGCUUGUACUCCGGUAGUGACCCGGCACCCUGGCCCAUCCCAUGCCGGGGGGGCCAGUGGAAGAAGACAGGCCGCUCCGCCCGUGCCCGCCUGCGGCAGGGG